AUGUCGUCGGACGCGUACGAGCGUUUCAAGAGCAUUGUGAAAAUCGAGUCCAAUGCGUCGCUUCUUGCGGGCGGCGUGGCGGGAGCCAUUUCGAGAACCAUAGUGUCUCCAUUCGAAAGAGCCAAGAUCCUACUACAACUCCAGGGCCCAGAGGCGCUGCACGCCUACAGAGGCAUGUUUCCGACGAUAUGGAAAAUGUAUAAGGAAGAGGGCUGGCGGGGCUGGUUCCGUGGGAAUACGCUUAACUGUAUUCGUAUCUUUCCAUAUAGCGCAGUGCAGUUUGCUGUGUUUGAAGAAUGCAAACUUUUUCUUCUUCGGUAUAAGCCGCCGGGAAAGCCUAAAACGUUGACUGAGCUCGAUAGACUUAUUGCUGGCUCGGCUGGCGGAAUCGCUUCGGUCGCUGCUACGUACCCUCUAGACUUGGUGAGAGCCAGAAUCACGAUUCAAACAGCAUCUUUGAAAAAGCUUAAUAAGGGAAGACUCGUCAAGGCGCCAGGCGUCUGGGAUACGUUAAAAGACGUUUACCGUAACGAAGGUGGCUUCUUAGCAUUAUACAAGGGUAUUGUGCCUACGACGCUAGGCGUAGCGCCAUAUGUGGCCAUCAACUUUGCGCUUUACGAGCAUCUCAGAGACAAAAUGGACGAUUCAACGCGAGAUUUCAGCAAUCCAUUUUGGAAGUUGGGCGCUGGAGCGUUCAGCAGUUUUGUUGGUGGUUUGCUCAUUUAUCCGCUUGAUUUGCUCCGUAAACGGUACCAGGUGGCCAGUAUGGCAGGCGGAGAACUUGGAUUCCAGUACAAAAGCGUCACCCACGCUUUGGUGAGUAUCUUCAAGGACGAAGGCUUCCUUGGCGCCUACAAGGGCCUCACAGCCAACUUGUAUAAGAUAGUACCUUCGAUGGCCGUCAGCUGGCUCUGCUACGACACAAUGAAGAUAGCUGCCCGUAUCUUGAUGAACCAAGCUAAGAAGAACUCCCGUCCCGUCGUGGCUGUUCCAGUGGAAAUGUACCCAUUGUUCGCUGCCAUGGGUGUCGCUGUUGUCUCUUUGGGCUACUUCACCUACAGACAUUUCGCUUACGACCAGCAAUUAAGAUUGUGGAAGAACGCUGACUUGUCUCGUGUUGACGACGUCUUGAACAAGGCCGCCGAGAAGGCUAAGAACGAGGAGUCUGAAGAGUAA